AUGAUCAGAUCUAUGUCCGCUCCUUGGAGACCAAAGAUAAGGCCUACCAGGCUGGCGUUCGACCUGGUUGGACCCUCAAACUGGCCGAUGGUAAAGUGGUCACAAAGAUUGACCAACUUCGUGAAGUGGCUCCACCUGUGGAGUUGGAAUUCCAACGUCACUUGGAUGAUGUGCAGAUGGGCAGGAUGUGUCUUGUUUAGGAUGGAACUGCUGGUUGGUGGUGGGACCUCUGGAUGA